UCCUGCUCUUGGCUUCAGACACGGCAGGUUUUGGAGGAGCUGACGGAGCUGCCGGUGAUGGUUGAACUCGCCAGUGACUUCCUGGACAGGAACACACCUGUGUUCAGGGACGACGUCUGCUUCUUCAUCAGCCAGUCAGGCGAGACUGCAGACACCCUCCUGGCACUGCGCUACUGUAAGGACCGUGGCGCCCUGACCGUGGGCGUCACCAACACUGUGGGCAGCUCCAUCUCCCGUGAGACCGACUGCGGCGUCCACAUCAACGCAGGGCCAGAGAUUGGCGUGGCCAGCACCAAGGCGUACACCAGCCAGUUCAUCUCUCUGGUGAUGUUCGGUUUGAUGAUGUCUGAAGACCGAAUUUCCCUGCAAAACAGGAGGCGCGAGAUCAUCCUUGGCCUGAGAGCCUUGCCUGAGCUGAUCAAGGAGGUGCUGUCCCUGGACGCCAAGAUCCACGACCUGGCCCUGGAGCUCUACAUGCAGAGGUCGCUGCUGGUGAUGGGGCGAGGCUACAACUACGCCACCUGCCUGGAGGGAGCUCUGAAAAUUAAAGAGAUCACCUAUAUGCACUCAGAGGGCAUCUUGGCGGGGGAGCUGAAGCAUGGGCCCCUGGCCCUGGUGGACAAGCAGAUGCCCGUCAUCAUGGUCAUCAUGAAGGACCCUUGCUUCACCAAGUGCCAGAAUGCCCUGCAGCAGGUCACGGCCCGCCAGGGCCGGCCCAUCAUCCUGUGCUCCAAGGACGACACUGAGAGCUCCAGGUUUGCAUACAAGACCAUCGAGCUGCCGCGCACGGUGGACUGCCUGCAGGGCGUCCUCAGCGUGAUCCCGCUGCAGCUCCUGUCCUUCCACCUGGCUGUCCUCCGAGGAUACGAUGUCGACUUCCCUAGAAACCUGGCCAAGUCUGUGACCGUGGAAUGA